UUUUGUUUCAUUACUCCAUUCACUGUAGUAUGAAUGCUGGUAGCAUCAGGGAAAUGCGAAUGUCUAAAAAAACAAGGGUGUGUUUCUCUGUAUAUAAAGAUGUCCAGUCAUCUUUUUACUCACCGAAGAGAAGACACCUGUACUGCUCAAAUCAAAGUUACUACACAACAUCAUCAUGGCAGAAGCAAACAUCCCAACAAAUGAACUCAAAAUUAUCACCAUCAAUAUUAAUGGGGGAUUCAUGAGAAAAUUAAGAGAAAAUGAAGAUGGUUUUCUUGACUUUAUCAAUCAGUAUGAUGUUAUAAUGCUGCAAGAAACUCAUUUGACGAUAAACAAUUUUGAGGAGGAAAAUUUAGGCCUCCGUCCUAACGGCAGCACCUACCCGACAUUUUACUCCUCAAGAGAAAGAGGGGUUGCCGUUAUUAUAAACACAGAACAUGAAUUGAUAGAGGUAUUUUCUAAUGAAGGGAAUUACAUUGGGGUACAGGCCAAGAUUAAGAAUCGCAAAUAUAUAUUUGUGAGCUUUUACUACCACCAGAAAGAAACCAGAGAGCUUCUAAGUAAGUUUUUGGAUGACAUUAAAUACAAACACGGUGUUCGUGUUAUUGGUGGAGAUUUUAAUGUGACAAUUGAACCCGUUUGGGACAUCAAAAAAGACAACCCAUUUCACAAAAGACGGAGAAAGAUGUUCAACCCAGUUUGGCCAAAAAUAUACCAAGAUGUCUGGAGAAAAAUGAACCCGGAUGUUAGGAUAGAAGAAGGAUGGACAAAGAAAACCCCACACACAGGUCAACUAACCAGACUUGACUACUUCUUCAUGAAGAAGAAAGAUGAGGCUCGAGUGACAAAUUGUCAAAUACUUGAAGAUGAACUGCCAACUGACCACAGAGCUGUUCACCUUAUUUUAAGAUGUGAUGAGCAGAAAAAAGAAGAAGAAAAUAAUGAUGAUGAUGAGGUGGAGGGGGCAAGGGAGGGUGAGGAGGAGGAGGAGGAGGAGAAAGGGAAGGAGGUUGAGGUUGAGGAGGAGGAGGAGGACGAGGUUGAGGAGGUGGUGGUGGAGGGUGAGGUGGUGGAGAAGGAGGAGUUGAUUCGUGUGUUAGAGAUAAUGCUUCAUAAAAAAAACAUCUCUGUUGGCAAUAUUUAA